AUGAGGAAGCUUGCCGCGGAGAAAGCCAAAGGCAAAAACGCAGCGGCGCGAGCCAAAAAGGCAUUGGAGGGAUGCAAAAGGGCAAAGCUCCGAGAAAAACAGACAGGGAAGAUACUCCAGAAAAGAGCCGACAUGGACGCCAAGGACCUAUACGGCAAUCACAUACUGUUUGGCCAGAAAGGGCCCAGGGGGGUGACGUCGGGCAACCCGGACGACCCCGGCGGCCCCGGCCUCGCCGCCCACAACCUCGUCGUCGCCACGUUCAUGCUUCUCGCCGUGCUUGUCCUCUUAUGCUUCGGCCUCUAUCUGCAGAGAACAUUCUGCAAGAGGAGAAAGUCUCGUGUCAGGCAGGGAGCUGACGUCCGAAAGCAACACGGGGAGCUUCCCCGUGACGCCGAGACGUAUAACGACGGUCUCGAGUUGGGACUCCCACAUGAGGCCGAGUAUAAAAACGACCCAAUAUCGGAAAAGAUGGAGAGUGGCGUGACGUUCGGCGGGCGCGAGUAUGAGACUGUCACCGGGGUCACGGGUUUCAACACUUCUCCGUCGUGGACGUGGACGACGCCGACCGUCGGGCCCAUUACUUCUUAG